AUGUCUUGCCCCCGCGCGGGGGGCAGCAUCAUGGCCAUCCUUCGCACCGUCCCCGGAGGGGGAGUGCUCGAGGGGGAGAUAGACGAUUGCUCCUGCUGCGCGGGGGGCAGCAUCCUUCGCACCGUCCCCGGACGGGGAGCACUCCCGCUGCCGCUGCCACUCCCGCUGCCGCUGCCACUGCCCGCGACCGCGACCGCCGCAGCCAUCUGCUGCUGCUGGAGCUGCUGGAGCUGCUGCCUAUCUCGCCGCUCCAUGUCUCGCAGCAUCCUUUGCACCAGCCCACCCGAGAGAAUCUCGGGUGACGAGGCUUCAGGGGGGUGCGCUGCCUCGCCCCUGUGCGCGGAGGCGCGCGAGCUUUCGGAGAGGGUGUCCGAGGAGAGGGUGCGGCACGAAGCCUGGGUGCGCGAAGCCUCCCCCAUCUCGAAGGCUCGCUUGGACGGCUCCCUCGAGCCAGAGGCCCUCGAGCCCCCAAAAGACACCUCGUGGUCGAAGGACGGGACCUUUGAGGCUCGCUUGGACUGCGAGCCAGACGGCUCCCUCGAGCAGGCGUGUCCCUCGCCAAAGGACACCUCGAACGAGCGCUCCUUGACGGAGCGCCGCGAGAACUCGCCGAAGGAGAGCUCUCGCAAACUUCCCCCGAGGCUGGCGAGCGCCUUGACGGACGGCACGCUCGGCCUGCCCGGCCGCGGCCUGUCUCUGGGGACAGGCUGCCGAGUCCCGGCCGGCGCCGUGGAGGGCCUUCUGCUGCCGGCCGUGGAGCUGUCGCUGAAGCUCCCCUUCUCAUCGGUGAAGGGCACGUGCCGCUUCUCCGGCGAGAUGGCCAGCGUCCUGACCAGUGGAGCGGUACGCCUGCCCGCGGCCGGCGCGAGCCGGGCGCGCACGGCGGAGCAGCACGCUCGCAGCCGCUCGCUUGCAGCGGAGCAGCACACGCGCAGCCGCUCGCUUGCAGCGGUGCAGCACACGCGCAGCCGCUCGCUUGCAGCGGUGCAGCACACGCACAGCCGCUCGUGGUAG